AUGCCAAAAAGCGACACCUGGCCCGGUGGCAUUGGAUUGGAGACGAUGACCGGCAUGGACAGCGCUGGCAGCUGGGACAGCGUGCUCAGCGCCAAUUCUGUCUUUAGUGAUGACAGUAUGGAGCACCUGUCUGCUGAAGAGAAGGCCUGUCUCAUGUUUUUGGAGGAGACGAUCGAGUCUUUGGAAAACGAGGAAGACAGCGGGCUGUCCAACGACGAACCGGACCAACUGCCCGGCCCCGGCAACCUCGCCAACAAACUGGCCGACCUGUCGGCCUCCAUGAGCAAAAGUUUACAGAAGCACGCGUCCAAGGAACCCGUACAGGACUUUGUUGACACCAAACCGAUGCAGGGCUACCUGGUUCCUACGCCUCUCGUUCUGGCAAGCAGCGCUCCGUGUUCUGCACUAAAUGCAAAGACGGGCGUCCCCCCAGACAAAAACCUCAGCUACAAGCCUCACUUCAGUCCUCCGAGCAACAAACCGGAUCUCCACCAGAAACCCGUCGCUCCCCGCGUACCUUUAGAGGUUAACGGUGUGAUGCCUCCUCCCACCAAGCCCAGGGACUACUCGGUUCGGAAAGCUGAAGGUUUACCUCGAGGUCCUCUGUCCUAUGAGGCGCUGGUUCAUCUGCGGAGGAGUGCCUCCACAAAGAAGACGCCUCUCUGUCCCGCGAUUGAUCACACCAUCGACUUGGACAAGCGCCUUCCCGUCACAGUGGAAGGACCGAACCUCGGAUACCCUCCGAGAUCUGACAGAUCCCACUCAGAGGCGUAUAGGUCCAAGACCGGUCCCCCGGUUAUCGGCCCCAAACCCAAAAGGAUUCCUGCCAACAUAUCUGUGAAAACACAAAAUGAAGCAUCCGUAACCUCAGACCCUCCGUUCAAUAUCAAGAACGCAUCAGACCCCCAGGUCGUCAGACUGGAAGCUUUGCAGAAGCUGGGUCUACUGAGAGACCAAGAGCCAGAAAAGGAGUCCGUGGUCCCAGGUCCACCUCACGUCAACCCGUCGAGAAGCCCGUCGUUCUGUCACUCUCAAGUGCCCACGGAGCCCAAGAACAGGCCCCUGCAGAGCAGCGUCAGUUUCCAUCACUACUCCAGAAGCGACCAGCAGCCGGCGGCCGCAUCAGAACCCGCUCAAUCCAACGGAUUCAAGGCAACGGGUCUGGAGCGCUCCGCCACCCUGGACAACCACAGAAACGGUCAGCCCGCGACCCGCAAACCCUCAACCUCAGUGGGGUAUACGGUGAUGGUGGUGCCCGGGAUGGGAGCGGAUCGAAAAGAAGCCCUGAGAAAGCUCGGGCUGCUCAAAGACUAA